AUAGCCCUAAGUAACACUUAAGCCCAAGUUCGAGAACCCUGCCUUGUUUAUAUAAAAAUUGAGCUAGGGUUUUUGUUCUGCGGCUGCAUCUUCGUCUUCCUUUUCUCUCUCUCUAGAACUCUAGCCUAUCUCUCUCGCCACCACCUUCAAAUUAUGGGGAAGACAAGAGGAAUGGGAGCUGGGCGCAAGCUCAAGUCUCACCGUCGAAGACAAAGAUGGGCUGACAAGUCAUACAAGAAGUCCCAUCUUGGAAAUGAAUGGAAGAAGCCAUUUGCAGGUUCCUCCCAUGCAAAGGGCAUUGUCCUUGAGAAAAUUGGAAUAGAAGCUAAACAGCCCAAUUCUGCUAUCAGAAAGUGUGCCCGAGUUCAGCUCAUUAAAAACGGAAAGAAGAUUGCUGCCUUUGUCCCCAAUGACGGUUGCUUAAACUACAUCGAAGAAAAUGACGAAGUGCUCAUUGCUGGAUUUGGGCGUAAAGGUCAUGCUGUUGGUGAUAUUCCUGGUGUUAGGUUCAAGGUUGUGAAGGUUUCUGGUGUUUCCCUUUUGGCUCUCUUUAAGGAGAAGAAAGAGAAACCAAGGUCUUAGUUUGGCAAUGUAGUUCAUCUUUUACUUGUUCGGCAGUGGAUUGACUGUUUUCUCAAGUACGGAUCAAUGUACCUGUUUAAGUGGAUUUUUUAGUAAUCUAUUUGUUUUUCCUAGUGAUUGGGCUACAAUUUUUGAUACAUACAUUUGAUAUAUGGUUUAUGUUGUUUUUCA